AUGGCGGCGCUGAGGAGAUUGCUGAUCGCUGGGAAGGUAAGGCCGGGCUGUGACUGGCCCCGCACUGGCCUGUCCCCGCUCUCUGACAUGGCAUUCACCGCUCUCUGUCUCUUCACAGGCCCCUGUUUCCGGCUUAUUGCAGAGAGGAUUCCACGGGAGCUCCCCGGCCGCCCUGCAGGUACUGUGCCCGACCCUGAGCUGAGGACACCCGCCUUGCAGAGCCUCUAACCUUGACACCAUACAUAGCUUCCGGACUACAUUACCCAUGAUGCUCAUGGGCCCUGCCAGACCCUCUAUAUACUGCAUGUGUCCUGAUACAAUGACAGCCCUGCCAGACCCCCUAUAAUAUACCGUGCCAGACCCUCUAUGAUAUACCCUGCCGGACCCCCUAUGAUAUACCGUGCCGGACCCCCUAUGAUAUACCGUGCCGGACCCUCUAUGAUAUACCGUGCCGGACCCUCUAUGAUAUACCGUGCCGGACCCUCUAUGAUAUACCGUGCCGGACCCUCUAUGAUAUACCGUGCCGGACCCUCUAUGAUAUACCGUGCCGGACCCUCUAUGAUAUACCGUGCCGGACCCUCUAUGAUAUACCUUGCCGGACCCUCUAUAAUAUACCGUGCCGGACCCUCUAUAAUACCGUGCCGGACCCUCUAUAA